AUGACGGUGGAUAAAAAGCCUGUUACAACCGUAGAGGAGAUUCCUCCGACUACUUCUGGACAUGCAGCUUCGGUUGAUCCCGAAUCCAGGAAGCUAACAUGGAAAGGCUAUAUUUGGGAUACUCUUGACAUGCCUCCUGCAGAACGCCGUCUUCUGCUUAAGGUUGACCUCACAAUACUAACCUUUGGCUGUCUUGGAACCUUCAUUAAAUAUAUUGACAAAGCGAACCUUACAUCAGCAUUUGUUUCAGGGAUGAAAGAAGACAUGAGCCUCUAUGGAAAUGAAAUGAACUACGCCAAUACCGCCUAUAGUGUCGCGAAUAUUCUUGCACUGUGGCCUUGCAAUCUUGCUCUCACCCGUUGCAACCCUAGAUGGUUCAUCCCUUUCCUAGAAAUCGCAUGGACUAUUGUUACCCUAGGACAGGCAUUCAUGCACACACCUACGCAGAUGUAUGUCCUGCGAUUCAUUUUGGGCGUGUUCGAAACCGGCCACUUCUCAGCCAUGAUUUAUCUCUGCGGUGCUUGGUAUCGAAAAACGGAGCUCGCAAAGCGAGUGGCAAUCAUCAAAUGCUCAACGUCAAUUGGGCCCAUGUUCAGCUCAUACCUGCAAUCUGCCGCGUACACUGGCCUCAAUGGAGUACAUGGAAGAGCUGGUUGGAGAUGGUUGUUCAUCAUUGAUGCGGUUGUCUCGGUUGGGAUAAUUAUCCCACAAUUCUUCUUCUACCCAGAUGUUCCCGCCCGACAACAACCUGACUUCAUCUUUACUCACGAAGUAGGUGAAGCAGGGUCCAACUCUAUUUGCCAUAUGCCCCAAGACUCGAUGGCAUAUUGGUUCAAAGCAUGGAACAGCAUCAAGCCAAACUCUUACUCUGGAGCUGAAAUCAACAAUUACACCACCGGAAUUGGCGGCGUUAUCGUCGUUCUUAUGCUUAUCUUCGCCUGGCUAAGUGACUCAGUUCUUAGAGGGCGCCGAUGGCCGCUCCUAGUUGUUGGAGGAAUCAUUACCAGCGCAGUGUGCUUUACCCUUGCUGCAACGCCCGUUUUCCCGCAGAACAAAGCGUUCAGGUGGUUUCUUUACUACAAUACAAACUGGGCGUUUGCAGCGAAUUCCAUGUACUGGAGCUGGGCCCAAGACACACGGUCCGGUGAUCCAGCAACGCGAGCAUUCGGAGCAGCUGGUCUCAAUGUCGUCAGCUAUGUUACCAUCGCCGUUGUUCCGUUAUUCGCCUUCCAAACCGUUGAUCAACCAGGAGUUGUUGGUGGCAAUUUUGGUGCUGGUGCAUUUGGUAUAGUCUAUGCCGGCACGGCUUUGCUCCUCGCCUACAUUCAAUAUAGGCGAGAGGUCAAGCAAACUGUGGAGGAAGAUCCGGACAAUUAG